AUGACCUGCGUGAAUGCUUCAAGAGAAAUUCUCUCCCGAUUUCUCAUGUUUCGUGGCUUUAACAGUAAUAAUUUCUGCUGUCGGACAGUUGACUUCUUUGCACUGAUGGCCGCCAUUACCCUACUUCUGGCGCAUCUCGAUGGUCACCGCUUUUUACAGACCAGCAAUCUCCUAGCGCACCAAUAUCUUAGUGAUCGUGCUAUGAUAGAGCAGGCGCAGGUGAACAUGGAACGCAUCAGUCGUCUUAACGGAGAUAAUUUAAGUUCCCAAAGUGCAAGCUUAUUGCAUAGCUUGCUGGUCAUCGAUUCCGAUUCAGCAGAUGGCUUCAGUACCGAGAGUGUCAGGGUUCAGACACCAGAAAGUCCAGCGUGGCAGUCAAGCGAAAGCGGCAACGUUGUCCAGGUGCAAAUACCUUACUUUGGCAUCGUUAGUAUUGCCCGUGGGGGCAUUGCUUUAAGGAAAACGUCCAACGCACAAUCCUCUGCAAUCGAUGAUCAACCCUACGCUCCAGUGGGUGGCAUGCAUAACUCCGAGAUUUCAGAAGCUGGAGUAGGUGAUUUGAGCUCCGGCCACUUCGACGAAGAUGCAUUUUCUAGAUCAAAGAACAACCCGAAUUACAACUCAUUCGAUACUAUUACUAGUCCGCCUGCACAGCUCGCAUCGCGAUGUCAAGAGACCGUUUCUACUUCCCUCUGGCAGAACACUCUGGAUCCUGUCCUAACUGCCGGGGUGGACGACUGGGCAUUCCAGGGUGUCGAUAUGGCUUUCUUUGACAGCAUGAUGAGAGGCUUUGACAACAGAAAUAUUUCAGAGGCGUGGGAAAAUACCCCUUAA